AGCCGGGUUCGGUGGAGGAGCGGCAGGGUUCGGUAACGGUCUUGGUGGCGGCGGCGCCUCCGGCGGCCGGCGCGGUGCCCUGCGGGAGCCUGUGGGACCGGGACUGCGGCCCGACGGCCUGCCCAUCGGGCCCGGCAUGCCCUAUAGCUUCAGCUGGGCCGUCGACGAGCCCGACUACGGCAACCAGUACGGCCACGAGGAGGAGAGCGACGGCGUGGUGACGCAGGGCCAGUACCGCGUGCUGCUGCCCGACGGACGCACCCAGAUCGUCACCUACUCGGUGGAGGGCGACAGCGGCUUCCAGGCGCAGGUCACCUACGAGGGCGAGGCGCAGUUCCCGCCGGCCGGCCAGCCCGCGCUGCCGGCCGUGCCGUUCGUCCCUGCCGUGCCGGCCGUUCCGGCCGUUCCCGCCGACCGUUUGCCGUCCGCCAACGGUCGAGUGACCCGCCUGGGCGCCGGUCGGACGUUCCCGCAGCGCGUGGCCAUCCAGCGAGGCUCGCCGUUCCCUGUGGGUACGGCAGCGGGAGGAGCACGCCGGUAUCCUGAGGACGAUCCCGCCCCGCCCAGCACCAGCUACGGCUUCUGAGCGGUGCGGCCGACACUCAGCGUGGUCCAGUGUCCCAGCAGUGGUGUCUAGCCGAAAGUCGCAAUGUCCGCAAUAUCAAUGCCUUUUGAUAUUGUGAUGAACAGUGUGACAAUAACGACGGGCAAGCUCGAUUGUUCGGCUAUCUCAGAAGCAUUGUUCCUUUUUUGUUCGUGUUAAUGCUUUUUGUGUGGGUAUUGUAAAUGCAGCGGAGUGCUGAGGU